UUUGGUUCGACAUUUGCACUUAGUGUCCUUAUCGACAGCAGACUUAAACCAGAUUUUAAAUAUUAUCUCUCGCGCACCACAGCAUUCGGUCAAAGGUUGUCCUUGCACUCAUUACAACGUUUUCGCUAAUUAAAUUAAAGUUCCUCUAAUCAAAUCGAAGACUUUUGGGUAGAAAAUAAAACUUUUGACAGAACGCUUGUCAGCUAUGGGUGUUCAAACAAAAAUUGCAACGAGGAUUGAAAUUGACAAUCAGCUGAUCGAACCGGUUCAUAUUUUGCUUCUCGCAUCUGCAACCGGUUAUUCUGAAUAGUCAAACAGCUGUUGUUUGUAUACAGAAAGUGUUGGGUAAACGUUUCGUACAUAUUAUGGAGGAGCAACCAAUGCCGGUGUUUAAAAGGAAAACCCUUGAUGAGACAAAUCCCGUCGCAGGGAACAAGAAGCGUACAUGGAAGUCCCUCAAGCAGAUUCUUGCCUACGAGCGUACACUACCUUGGAGAGAAACGGAUGUUACUUAUUCAUCUAUAAAUGCACCACCAUCGUUUGUACCGGCUAAAAAGUAUUCUGAUAUUUCCGGACUGAUUGCACCGUACUCAGAUCCCCAGACGAAACUCAACUUCCACAACGCUGAAGAGUUUCAAACUGUUCGAAGUCUUCCGAUGGAUAUCACAGCCGGUUACCUAGCUCUUCGGGGAGCCAGUAGCAUUGUGUAGAUUAAAACA